AUUUUUAUCUGUGCAUUGCAAAAUGUCUUCUGAGCUGUCCUAUGCUGCAUAGCAAGUGUUUUAUUUUAUUUUUGCAGAGUUUUACAGUGUCUAAAUCACACGACUUCUAUUCACUAUUAAUUAUAACGUUGUCUAACGUGUUAAGGUGUAAAUGGAGCCCUGACAGGAGCGUAGUAGUGUCGUCAUAAAUCAUUUAGUAGGACCGACGCUUGUCACGCUAAUCAUUAUUUUGUAGUGUUCGUAAUUGGUUCCUAGACGUUGUGGGGAAUACCAAGUGGUGGUUGUGAUCGAUGGCGGCUUGAUUGUUUCCGCGGUGUGAUAGUUGGCGGGAGGCGCACUCCCGUAGUUAGGUGACUCAUUCGCGGGCUGGUGCAAGUUGGUAACCAUGGACACGGAUGAUGGCGAGUCCUCGAGCAGCGGGCCUAUGUCGAGCCUGAACAGUCUGUUCUCGUUUACAAGUCCAGCCGUCAAGAAACUGUUGGGGUGGAAACAGGGUGAUGAAGAAGAGAAAUGGGCAGAGAAGGCAGUGGACAGUCUGGUGAAAAAGUUAAAGAAACGGAAAGGUGCCAUAGAAGAACUAGAACGUGCACUCUCGUGUCCCGGCACACCUUCCAAGUGCGUUACGAUACCUAGAUCACUCGAUGGAAGAUUACAGGUAUCACAUCGUAAAGGCUUGCCUCACGUGAUAUACUGUCGCGUGUGGCGCUGGCCUGACCUCCAGAGCCACCAUGAGUUAAAACCCUUGGAGAUCUGCCAGUACCCCUUCAGCGCCAAACAAAAAGAAGUGUGUAUUAACCCCUACCACUAUAAGCGAGUCGAGAGCCCUGUCUUACCCCCCGUGCUCGUACCCAGACAUUCAGAGUUCGCUCCUGGACACUCCUUGCUACCUUUCCAAAGGACGACUGAACCUUCCAUGCCACACAAUGUCUCGUACUCUGGGUCAGGGUUCCCACCGUCAGCUAGCUCAGAGCUCCCGGACACGCCACCCCCUGCCUACUCCCCACCUUCAGAUGAUUCAGAACCACCCGGGGAAGUGGCUCCAGUCUCCUAUCAGGAGCCUCUAUACUGGGCUUCGGUCGCUUACUACGAGCUAAAUUGUCGUGUAGGCGAAGUAUUCCAUUGCAAUUCACAUUCUGUCGUCGUAGAUGGCUUCACGGAUCCCUCGAAUAACAGCGACAGGUUCUGCUUGGGUCAGCUCAGUAAUGUGAAUAGAAAUUCCACGAUCGAAAACACGAGACGCCACAUAGGGAAGGGAGUGCAUCUGUACUACGUGGGUGGCGAAGUGUAUGCGGAGUGUUUGUCGGACGCUGCGAUUUUCGUCCAAAGCCGUAACUGCAAUCAUCAUCACGGCUUCCAUCCUUCUACUGUCUGCAAAAUACCACCCGGUUGUUCGCUGAAGAUCUUCAACAACAGAGAGUUCGCGCAGCUGCUGUCGCAGAGCGUGAACCACGGGUUCGAGGCGGUGUACGAGCUGACGAAGAUGUGCACGAUCCGCAUGUCGUUCGUGAAGGGCUGGGGCGCGGAGUACCACCGGCAGGACGUGACGUCCACGCCGUGCUGGAUCGAGAUCCACCUGCACGGGCCGCUGCAGUGGCUCGACAAGGUGCUCACGCAGAUGGGCUCGCCGCACAACGCCAUCUCGUCCGUGUCCUAGCCGCCGCCGCCGCCGCCGCGACUGCACACCGCCCCCACCCUACCUUGGUAUCUGGUUUUAAAAUUCUUUAAUCUCAAAAAUCAUUUCAACUGUUGCAUUUUGUAUUUUAUACGAGACAAAAUAUUGUUAAUAGAUUUUUUUAUGUUUUGUGUUGUAACAAGGCCCCAAUUGGCAUUUUAUGAUUAUGCAGCUCAAAACCAUGUGUCCAAUUUAUUGAAUCGUAUUUUUUAAGCGUAAUGUAAUGAACAAAGACAUUAAGGUUUACUAUAAUACUUGUCAAUAUAAUUUAUGACGAGGUUAAAAACAUAUUGGUGUAAAUAAUGCUUAACGAUUUAUAUUUUUGGUAUUGCGAAGCACAAAAAAUUAUGUUUGCCAUAAAUCCGUUGGUAUUGAUGAUAUUAUAUGAUUUAGCAUGUUACUAUAAAUUUAUAAAUAUAUUAUCAUGAUAAGACAUUUUGUAUCUAAGUUUUAUAGACUUUAUGAGGUCUUAAGGCAUCUUCUUAAAUUGUGGAUUGUGUUUUAAAUGCUUGACGUAACAAAAAUAUGUAAAUAUCUUUAUCACUACAAAACUCCAUUGAUGAUGUAUACUUGAAGACAUAAAAUUGAUAACUAGGUUGAUGGGCUUCAGUAGAAAAUGUUUUCUUUAAUUAUUUUUUUUCACAUAAAGAUAUGAACUGUCAACUCCCAUUUUAAUGAUCUAUGUUUUAAGGAGAUACUUUAAGAAUCAAUUAGCUUCGAUUUAGUUGUAAUGCAAUUUUUAUUUUAUCUAACAUUAAAUAUCAUUAGUUUAGAUUCAGGGCUUAUUGUAUAAUAUUUUACAUCUAACUGUGGUUACAGAAUUGUAUAAAAUAAAUUAUUUACUAACACCAUUUAGUCUACCACAUGUUUCAGUUAAAAUAAGUAAUAUAGUAUUUGAGUUCAGGGUUUUCCUCUGAACAGUCAGUAAAUUUAGGACAUACCAUCCAAUUAAGUGGCUAAAGGACAAAUAGCCAAGUCAUUGAACGCAACGUUUAGCCAAAUAGUUGGAUUUAGUUUAGUCAUAUCGUCAAAGACAAAUUAACAAUAAAACUCUAGUAAUUUUUAUAUGUAUUACUGAUUGAAGACUGAAACAGAUUAUUGUAGAUAUUGUACAUUAAGCCACUGAUUCAAACAAUAUUAUGUAGGAAAGAUUAUGUGUUCUUUAUAUUACAGUUAUUGUAACUAUUAUAUAUGUGUCAUAUAAACUUUUUUCGACUCAACCCUUUUUAAAUCGAGUUCUUUAUAAAAUGUGAGAUGGAAGACAGACAAAAAAAAGGCCUACAGUGGUUUUUUAACAAAGAACUGUUGAUUUAUUAUUUGAAGACAUGUAUAAAUUGACUAAUUGCUGCAUAUAUGAAACAGGAACGUUCUUUUGAUUUGUGAUUAGAAAAAACUUUUACAAACAGUUGAGUCGAAAAAAGCAUUAUUUGUUUAAUUAGUUUGUGCCAUCAUAAAGUCGAGUCUUCAUUUAUCAUGUAAAUUGUGAACAGAAUGUUGCAAUUUAGUUACAUUAAGUUCUUAGUUAUUUUAUAUUGUAAAUGUUUAUAAAAAUAUUAAUUACCUAAAAGGAAAUUUUGAAAAACAACCGGAAAGGAGUUCAAUGCAACAAGUUUUUGAUCAGACUAGUUUUAGGGAGAACAGCUGGUAAAUAUAAUUAAAUCAAACCAAAUCAUGGGACAUGGACAGGUAAAGGAAAAUGCGAUUGAUCUCAAAAUAUUAAUAAGAAAUGAUUUAGUUCCUCAAAAAGAGCGACUGUUUCGUGUCCCUUAGUAGACCAAUUGAUAAAAUUUAUAUAUUUUCUAACGAGAUGUUUCAGAGACUAACGCUAAAUGAAAUGUGCUAAAGACAAGACAAACUAUUACGGAUCAAUCAUGCUUUUUAUUUUAUCAACUUAAUUAGUGCUAGGUAGAUUUUUUGACCGGAAGAAAAUAUUAUGUAUCUUUAUCGCAAAACGUACGGGUUUCUACAAUACUGCUAAAAUAAUUCGAUACCGUACGAAUCAAUUUACCUACUAGAAUUAUUUUUGCAUGACCUGGUAACUAGCACUAUUGAACUAAACAAUGCUCUUAUAUUAACCGCAAUCUUAACUGUUGAGGUUAACAAAUAAUAUUUCAAUUAAAAAGAGAACUUUUGAUAAUUAUAAUAUGCUUUAAAGAAAUUUAAUGACAACUAACCUUAUCCUUCAAUAAAGAUUCCUUAUUAUGUAAUACCAGUAUUUAUAUACGACGUAAACGGUAGUCUGUGUAUGGGAUCAUACAUUUUGUAUGUCAUCACAUACAUGACAUUUUGUUGAUAACCAGUGAAUUUAAAACAGUUGUAAUUUUGAGCGUAAGAUGUAAGAAUAAUUUUCACGUUUGGCGCUGCAUUUAUGAAUGAUAUAAAUUGAAUUAAAAUGUUCUGUAUGGUAAUUACAUGUGAAUUUGUUAAAAAAAAACCUGUUGUAAUUUGUAAAUGAUUGAUUAGUGAUCACAAUACCAUAUUUAUACACAAAAGAGACAGGUAUUGCAAAGAUAUGAAAUGUAAUAUAUAGGAUCAAAUAUGAUCACAUGAUAUUAUACAAUGAAUAAUGAAUAAAUAGUCUUUAAAGAAAUAAUGCAGCGUCAUAUUGAUAUAUACAUUUAAUGAAACGUGUUGUAAAACCUUAAUGGCCUCUUGAAUGUGCCUAAAGCAUGUAUAACCGUCCACAUUGAUACAUUGUAGUUGUAUGGAUUGUGUUUUUUAAUCUAAAUUGUAUUUUUCAUCAUAGUACCUGAAUGGUAUUUUUUAUAAAUGUUUCUUAUACAUAAAGUGCAGACAAUUAAAAAAUAACUGACUUUUUAGUCAGGUUGAAGUUGGCUUGUUCAAUCAAAUUGUUUUUUAAACAUGUUGACAAAGUUUGAGAAUAGCAAUGAUAGUAAAUUAAAUACCACGUUCUUACUGAAUAUCCUAUCAUUUGAACAUUUUAAUGUUGCUUCAGUAGGACAGAAAGUUUUAAGUUUUAAGAGUGGUAUGUACUUUAAUAACAAGAGCAUGUAUUUUCAAAAAUUGAAUGACUGCUAAUCUGUUAUUGUCAAUUUUUAUAAGCGCUCAAGUAUAGGACGAAAAAGACGACAUUAAUUAAAGAAAAAAACAUUGACACAAUCCAUACAAUUAAACUAUUUGUAGUAUACAAAAUUAUAUGUAUACAUUCAUAUAUUUGAUUUACAAAACGUUAUUUAUAUUUCACAUGAUAUUGGCUUGUUGGUCAUAUACGCAAUUUAUAUUUAUAUAUAAUAGUGCCUUUCAAAUACCUUGACAAAUGCCUUAUUAUUUUAAUUAUAACAUGAAAAUAGUAUUCAUAUUAUUAUAUGUAUUUGGAAUUACGAUAUUGCAUUUUCUGUUUUAAUAUUUUUUAAUUAUUUGACCAUAUUUUUAAUAGUAAUUCGUAGACUAAAUACCAUUUUAUGCCUUAUUUUUUCGAAAUCAUAUUAUUAUUCAGUGUUAAGUGAAAAGUGGGUGCGUUUCUCGAACAUUCUAUGGACAUAUUACAUAUGAUUAUAUACUCACCUACUUUUUAUUGUAAACGCUGUAAAUAUCUGUUAUAAAAGUAGAUACUUGUAAACUUAUGCUGAUGAUAUUACAUUGUAUAUUUCAUACUAAUAUUGAUUGGAUUGCACCCUAUAGGUAUUUUGCAUUUUUUCUACAUAUUAUUGUAAUAAAUUUUUAAUAUUACAUGGUCUCUUACACAUGAUGUUUGAAUUUACAAUAAUUGUGUUUUUUCAUCCAGGUAACACCGUCACUGUUCCCUAACUCUACCAAUAGAGGCGCUAGUGUGAUCUACACUAGCACCCCUAGUGGUAGAGAUCUGAACUAAAUAUAUAAAUUGAUGGAAGAGGCGGUAAAAACCACCUAUAUUGUUACUUUAUGUCCAAUUAAUUUGAAAAAUUAUAUUGAUUAUGUAUUUAAAUCGUUUUUAACUUGAAUAUUAUAUUGAUAUUAAUUUCGGUACGAUCCAAUCAAUAGAUACUAAUGAUGGUUAUAUGUGCGUAUGAUUUCGAGUGAUCUUUGUCGCGUUAGAGUGAAAUGUUAACUUGUACAUAAUGUUUUACGGCCGUGUGGUGAUUGUUAUGUCGUUUUGUUUUGAUCUUUUGGAUUUUACAGCUCAUUAUGUCCUUAUCUGACACAGUAAAUUGUACUCAAACAGCUCUGCAUAAGGUGCAGUUUUCAAUGACUUUAUUCAAAAGAUUUUUUUAAUCUGAAUAGAACUAUUAUACAGAUGCGUUGUAAAGUCCUAAAUAUCAGCUUGUCUGUUGUUUUUGAGAGAUUGCUAUAAGUGUUGUGUUGUCGAAUUUUGUAUGGAAUAUGUUUGUGUGGAAUUUACGGCUCCCCGUCCACUUUGGCGUAACGUGGAAAGUGAAUCGCACAAAAUAUAUUUUUUUCGGUAUUUCCGCGAUAGAAAGAUUCUUUAUAGGACUCACAAAGUGUGACCGUUUUUCGAAUAUAAUAUCAGAACAAACGGCUGACUGGUAUCAAUGAAAAGACCAAACCUUCAUGUAUGUUUUAGUUUAAAUUGGAAGCAAGUAUCAUCACCCAUUUCCACGUGUGAGGACUUCAUGUCACGCCACAGUGGGUUUAGAGCUUUACGUACAAAAUUGUGAAUGUUUUCUUUCGCUCUAUUACUGUAAGAUAAGUAGGUGUAAACGCAUAGAAGCCAUUGUUUAUGUAAUUUUUAGUAUAUUUUUCUUUGUUUAGCAAUUAAUAAAGUUUCUUUUAUUGAUAUAA